CAAGCAAAUUAGGGCUUUGUUACAGAGGCCGUCUAUUUGUAUCGCGGAAAGCAAACCCUAGCCGAGCAGAUCUACAUCUCUCUCGCUCUCUCUCGCCUCACUCUGAGAUGGCCAAGUCGAAGAAUCAUACGGCGCAUAACCAGUCGGCGAAAGCCCAUAAGAACGGAAUCAAGAAGCCAAUGAGGCACCGUCACACCUCAACCAAAGGAAUGGACCCCAAGUUCUUGAGGAACCAGAGGUACGCAAGGAAGCACAACGUCAAGGGCGGCGAGAUUGCUAGCGCCGAGGAAUAAGCUUUCUUUCUUUUUUUUUGAUUAUGUGUGAGACAUUUUAAAGUUUUUAUGAAUUUUGGAGACUUUUCUUAGACAAAGAAACCAAUUUACUUUCCCCUUAUGUUGGAUUGUGUACUCUCUCUCUCUCUCUCUCGCUUACCUUGGCCUUAAUUUUAAUAUUAUCAGUUUUCUAUUCA